AUGUCCUCUGUCAGCAUUUUCGGCCUUGGAGCCAUGGGAACAGCCAUGGCUGCCCGCUUCCUCGAAAAGAACUUCAAAGUGACAGUCUGGAACCGCACACCGGAAAAGGCAAACAAACUGCUUGAUAAGGGCGCAUCUGUAUCCAACACGGUGCUAGACGGGAUCAAUGCGAGUGACUUGAUCAUUGUUUGUCUGCUCGAUAAUGCCGCUGUGCAAACGACUUUCGACCAAGCACUUGAGCACGUCCGCGGAAAGACGGUUAUCAAUCUCACGAAUGGAACACCAAAGCAAGCCCGAAAGCUCUCAGAACUGUUUGUCAGUCAUGGUUCUCAAUACGUCCACGGUGGUAUCAUGGCAACACCCUCAAUGAUCGGUUCACCUCAUGCCCUUAUACUGUACAGCGGGUCGAAGGACGCCUACAACACGACUGAGAGCACUCUUUCGCUUUUGGCCAAGGGUUGGUUUCUCGGCGACGACGCCGGCGUUGCAUCACUGCAUGAUCUGGCUCUUCUCAGUGGCAUGUACGGUCUUUUCUCCGGCUUCUUUCAUGCAACAGCACUCGUACAAUCCAGCACGCCUGCAACCAAGUUUCUGGACCUCUUAUUACCUUGGCUAGGAGCGAUGACUGAGUAUCUGAAGGCAAUGGCGCAGCAGGUUGAUGAUGGAAAAUACAGCAGCGAGGGAUCCAACAUGGCCAUGCAGUUGGUCGCCAUCCAGAAUAUCGCGGAUGCAAGUGCAGACCAAGGGGUGUCUGCGGACUUUAUUCACCCAAUGAGGGAUUUUGUGCAGCGAGCAGUGGAUGCAGGGCAUGGAAGUGAUGAUAUUUCUGCUCUUAUCAGUUUUAUGAAGUCCUAA